UGUAGCUAAUCACCUUGACUUAGUCUUUCAACUUCAUAAUUCUGCAAAGAUUUCUCAGUAUCCUUCUUUGCUUCAUUUGCUUUGCUGCUCUCUUCUCAAUUCUCUUGUCUCUUUACUACUAAAGUUGUACUUCCUUUCAACAAAAGAAUGGCAGUGGGAGAGAUCUUUCUUGUGGCAUUCCUUCAGUUGCUGCUGGACAGGUUAACGCCUCGGGAGAUCCUGGGCAACUUUGGAAGCUUGGGAGGAGUUGGCAAAAAGCUGCAGAAAUGGAGGGAAACACUGUCGGCAGUUGCAGCUUUGCUUUCCGAUGCGGAGGAGAAGCAGCUGACGAGCAAGGCAGUGGAUCUGUGGCUGAAUGACCUCAAACACUUGGCUUACGAUAUGGACGAUCUACUCAACACCUUUUCUAAUGAGAUGUUAGAACGAAGCAAGGUUGACCAAACUGGCACAAGCAAGGUACGAGGCUUCUUUACCAAAGUUCCUCACAAAGUUAAGUUCAAUUUCAAUAUGAACUCCGAAAUAGACGACAUUGCUAAUCGCUUGCAAGACAUAUUUGACCGGAAAGAGAAACUCGGUUUGAAAUAUAUUGAGCAUACCUCUACUUCAACAUCGUCAUCGCACAGGACACCAAGUUCAUAUGUGUUGGAUGGACCUGUGGUUGGGAGAGAUGAAGACACAAGAAAGAUUGUGGAAUUGUUGUCCAGAAAUGCUGAUCCUUCUUCUCCCACAAAUUAUCAAGUUGUUGCCAUUGUUGGUAUGGGUGGACUCGGCAAGACAACGCUUGCGGGACAAGUCUUCAAUGAUGUAGUUGCAAUGAAACAGUUUAGUCUCAAGAUCUGGGUUUCAGUGUCCGAUGACUUCGAUCUUCAAACGGUGACAAGAACUAUUUUUAAGGAAGUCACAUCUCGGCCAUGUGAUAUGGAUGAGCUCAGUCGACUUCAAGAUAAUCUGAGCAAGGAGAUUGAUGGUAAAAGGUUUUUGAUUGUUUUAGAUGAUGUAUGGAGCACGUGUGAUUAUGAUUCAUGGACAAAACUGCAAGCUCCCCUCCGUGGCGGAGCCAAGGGAAGUAAGGUAAUGGUGACAACACGUGAUGAAAAAGUAGCUGCAUUGACGGGAGCCCCAGCCGCUGAAGUUUAUUAUUUAAAGACUCUAUCAGAUGAAGGUUGUUUGCAAGUAUUUGAGCAGCAUGUUGGCAAUGACAGGCCACCGAAUUUCGAGUUGCUUAAGAAGAAAAUUAUUACGAACUGCAAUGGAUUGCCAUUGGCUGCAAAAACUCUUGGUGGUGUUUUACGUUGUAAAGAAACUGACAAGUGGGAGGAAAUACUAAAUGACAAAUUAUGGAGUAUAUCAGAUGGGAGAAAAAUACUCCCUGUACUGAGAUUGAGUUAUCAUUAUCUCCCUUCAACUUUGAAGAGGUGCUUUGUCUAUUGCUCGAUACUUCCCAAUGACUAUGAAUUUGGGAAAACCCAAUUGAUCCUUCUGUGGAUGGCAGAGGGUUUCCUUGAGCAACCAGAAGGGAAAGCAAUGGAAGAUAUUGGUGACGAAUAUUUUGGGGAGCUAUUGUCUCGGUCAUUAUUUCAGAACUCGGGCAAAAACAGUUUGUGCUAUGUAAUGCACGACCUUGUUGGUGAUUUGGCACGAUGGGCUGCUGGAGACACAUUUUGCAGAUUGGAGGAUAAACGGCAUGGUAGAUGUUCUGCAAAUACUCGUCAUCUAACUUACGUUUCUGGUAAGUUCGAUGGGGCAAAAAGAUUUGAGACAUUUUCUGAAGCAAAACGCUUGCGGACUUUCCUACCACUUCCUGUUUCCGGUGGUUAUGAGAAUUAUGUAACUCGUUAUGCUACUUUUAAUUUAUUGCCACAAUUGAAGUACUUGCGGGUGCUCUCCUUCAAUGGCUAUAAACUGACCGAGGUGCCAAAUUCCGUAGGUAAGUUGAGACAUCUACAAUACCUUGAUCUUUCUCACACAUUAAUAAUGAGUUUGCCUGAGUCAACAUGCAUGCUUUACAACUUACAGACGUUAAUAUUAGAGAAUUGUUCAAAAUUGAAGACACUACCUUCAAACAUGAGCAAUUUAUCUAAUUUACGUCAUCUCAACAAUUCAAACAUGCCUUCAUUGGAAGAAAUGCCUCCCAAAGUAAGUCGGUUGACUCAUCUGCGAACUUUGCCUAAUUUUGUGGUGGGGAAAGGUAGUGCAUCAGGGAUUGGAGAGAUACAGUCAUUGCAUCUUCGUGGGACCUUGAGUGUUGGAAGAUUGGAAAAUGUGAUUGAUGUUGGGGAUGCGAAGACGGCUCAAAUAAUGAACAAGGAAGGGCUGGAAAUCUUGCAAUUGGAAUGGAGCGGCACAAGCGAGAAGGAAUUGGAGGUGCUGUGCAGUUUAGAACCUCAUAAAAAGCUUAAGGAGCUGACCAUCAAGGGCUACAAUGGUUUCGAAUUUUCAAAAUGGAUUGGACAUCCUUCAUUCUCUGAUAUGAUAUCUAUGAAGUUAGAGAACUGUAAAAACUGUCGAUUUUUACCUCCUCUUGGCCAAUUACCUUUUCUGAAAAAACUUCAGAUACAAGGACUGGUCAAUGUUAAAAGUGUGGGUGCUGAGUUUGAUGGAGAGUGUAGCUUGCCUUUUCCAGUGUUGGAAGCCCUGACGUUCAAGGAUAUGCAAAAUUGGAAGGAGUGGCUUCCUUGCAAAAGAGAUGAAGAAAUUCGAUUUUUCCCAUGCAUGGAAAAGCUUUCCAUCCUUAGUUGCCCCAAAUUGAAAGGUUGGUUGCCCAAGAACAUGGAUUCAUUAUCAGAGCUGUAUAUUGAUGAAUGUGAAGAGUUAGUGGUUUCAAUUGCCCAUUAUAAACAUAUACAUAAGUUGACCAUCAACGGUUGUAAAAGGGUGGUGCACAGAAGUGGAGUUAAGUUUGAGCUAUUGGAGUAUAUGGGGCUUUCAAGUAUACCAGAGUUCAGACUCGAAAUAGACGGGUUCAUCAGAGGAUUGCCAAAGCUUCAAAAUUUGUGGAUUACUGGUUGUGAAGAGUUGACAUGUUUAUGGGAGAAUGAGGAGAGAUGUCGGAUUUCUAAUAUUAUUGGAGGCAACAUCUCUGACUCCGCCUCUCACUUUAUUCAAAAGCUAAGAGCACUCAAGGAACUUGAGUUAACUGGAUGCUUAAAUCUAAUUUCUUUUCCAGAAGCUCCUCUGCCACCUUGUCUUGAAUAUGUAAAGAUAGAGUCGUGUAAUUCUCUGACGCAUUUUGUAAGGUAUCAGGUACCACUAAGCAUACGAAGAAUAGAGAUAGCAAAAUGUCAAAAUUUGAAAGUAUUAGUCAAGGAGGGGGAACUAGAGGGUUAUGCAUCCUCUUCUUCUUGUCUGGAGUACUUGGAGAUAAAAGAGUGUACGUCUUUAACAUCCUUAUCAGGCGAAGGCGGCCGACUACCCAGAACGCUUAAGCACCUUUUGAUAAGUGGCUGUGAACAAUUGGAGUCAAUAAUCAAAACAUUCCACGAUGACACCUGUCUUGAAGAUAUUUGGAUAAUGAAUUGUGCAAAUCUGAAAUCUUUACCAGAGGGGCUACGCCAUCUCUCCGCUCUUCGCAUGUUGAGUAUACUCGGAUGUGGAAGUCUCGUUUCCUUCCCGAGCGGAGGGUUGCCAUACAACCUGAUAGACUUGUCUAUCUCGUUUUGUGAUAAAUGGGAAGCCCUCCCCAGAGGCAUGGACAACCUCAGCUCUCUUGAGACUUUGUCGUUGGGAUACUGUGGAGGUUUGGCAUCCAUUCUAGAAGAGGGUUUCCCACCCAACCUAAUUACUCUUCAAAUUUUCGAUCCCAAAAGCUGCAAGCCUCUCUCAGAGUGGGGGCUUCACCACUUGGACAGACUCACCUCUCUUAAAGCCUUGGAUAUCGGUGGUGUAGAUCGAGAUCUGGUGUCCUUUCCGCCAAAGGAGGUGCUGCUCCCUAAAUCUCUCAUUAGACUCAUCAUUGCAGACUUCCCAAAUCUGAGGCGCCUGUCAUCAUCUUUUCAGUCACUCACAUCUCUUGAAUCCCUCAUCAUAAAGAAUUGCCCAAGGCUAGCAUCUAUUAUUCCAGAACAAGAGGAUCAUCUGCCUCUUUCACUUACACAGCUUCGCAUCUAUGAGGAGUGUCUGCUGCUCAAAAAGAAAUACCAACCAGGUAAAGGACCACACUGGCCCAAAGAAAUAGCCCACAUCCCUUACGUUUUUGUUGGAGACUACGGUGACGAAACCGAAGCCGACCGCUGGGCAUAGAAAAUUAGAAAUCAAACUAUAGGGCCGCAAGAAGUACAAGAUUGAGAAAGUAAAUUGAGCAAUGGACCAGCUCAAGAGUCUUGAUCCACGCACCCUUCUAAUUCUGGUUUAAGGGCAGCAGCAAGUAAAAGGUGGAGAAAGUUGUUUGCAAUGAGAGCACCUCAAGAAUUUUGAUCUGGGCUUCUAGUUCUGGUUCAAGGUUAGAAGCUCAGGCAUUUCUUUUCUAUAUGAUAGCCAUUGAGGUAUUUAAGCAUGCCGCUACCAUUUCAGGGUGUUUCAGCUUCUUCGAGCGCAGUUGUUCAGGAAAGCAUGCUACUAUCAUCAUCUUAGUCGUAUUUAUAAUUACUCGGUUAAAAAAUGCUAUUCAAUACAGAAAAGCCGAAGAAUGUAUGUGCAACUGUUCAAGAGCCGAGGUACAAGAGGCCGAGAGUCAUGCUAGCAUAAAAUCAUCGACUGCCUGAGAGCAAUGCCUGAAUACAUCUUUGGCCAUGUUUUAUAGUAUCAGGCACUAACGGGGGAGCAUAAUAUCAGAGACUUUUGAUAUGUCACCCAGCAAGUAUGGUAUUUCUCAGUGUGUUCUUGCACGUCUUCGUGCUCCUUAUCAGUUGUAUGUUUAAUUGAGAGUAAAAAUAGAAUGGUAAAGAGUUGAUAAGUCAACUUUGGUGCAAAGGUGACGUUCGGAGUGUAUUGUGUCAGUAAAGGUCGUCUAAUCCAGUUUUAUAUUGGCGGGUUUCCUCUCUAUGAUGUAAUAAGUCGGUUAGGAUUAGGCUAGAUCAGUAGUUCAAUUCUUAAUCUAUGUAACUAACAUAGAAUAAUAUAUAAAUCAAGCUAUGCUUUUGAUACUUUAA